ACCACGCGGCUCUGGAGCCCGAGUCUGGACUUCCCGGCCGCAUGGCUCUGGCCUCCUCCGUGGCCGCCUCGAGCAGCGGGGCCCGGAAUCUGAUGCAGUUUCUGCGGCUGGUCGGGCAACUCAAGAGAGUCCCACGGACUGGCUGGGUGUACAGAAAUGUCGAGCGGCCAGAGAGUGUAUCCGAUCACAUGUACAGGAUGGCAAUUAUGGCGCUGGUGACCAAAGACGAUCACCUUAACAAAGACCGAUGUGUGCGCCUAGCCCUGGUUCACGAUAUGGCAGAAUGCAUCGUCGGGGACAUAGCACCAGCAGACAACAUCCCCAAAGAAGAGAAACAUAGGCGAGAAGAGGCAGCUAUGAAGCAGUUAACCCAACUUCUCUCAAAGGAUCUCGGAGAGGAGCUCUAUGAACUUUGGGAAGAAUAUGAGACCCAAUCUACUGCAGAAGCCAAAUUUGUGAAGCAGCUGGACCAAUGUGAGAUGAUCCUUCAGGCGUCUGAAUAUGAAGACCUUGAGAACAGACCUGGGAGGCUGCAGGACUUCUAUGACUCCACAGCAGGAAAAUUCAGUCACCCUGAGAUAGUUCAGCUUGUCUCUGAACUCGAGGCAGAAAGAAAUGCUAGCAUCGCUGCUGCCGCCAGUGAGCCACACUCCUGAGACGUUUUUCUGCAAGCCCGAAACAAACAUUGUUAUUUUUCCAUUGGAUGCUGUUGUGUUGCCUGUUGGUCUGUUGAUUUCCCCAGAUGUGAGUCUGUUUAUUUUCAACUGCCUGGACUCCAGCAAGGAACGUGAUAUAAUUGGGCCACAAAAGAAGCCGCAGAACAGAAUGUGGUCGUGAAAAUGCAUGGGUGAGGACUUGGGGGCGGGUGUCUUUUUAUGAACUAAAUACAUACAUUUUAAAAACAUUAAA